AUGGGUAACAAGCCCCAAACCCCGUCAUCGACCUUUGUUGUCGAGCAUCUCGAUCGCGAACUCGGCCCUUGGUCAGCCCUGGAAUACGGCUGCAUCGCCCGAGAGUCUAGCGCUGCCGACUCUAAAUUUCUUCUCACAUCCGUACCAGAGUCGUUAAAGGUGCCUGAUGAACUUGCCUCGUUGAGAAGGUUGGAGGUGCAGCACAGGAGCGUCGAGGAGAUAUUUGCCGACAGAAAGGAAAAGGUGUGUUUGCUUGAUCCAUCGGCGGAGACGGAGUUGAGACCUGAGGAUGGGGAGAAGUUUGAGGUUUUCUUGUUUGGGGGAAUUCUCGGCGAUGAUCCCCCGCGUGACCGUACCUCCGAGCUGCGGCAGAAGGGCUUCACAGGCCGGAGAUUAGGGCCCAAGCAGAUGACUACCGACACCGCGGUUAGAGUGACUCGAAUAGUAACGCAAGACAAAGUACCAUUGGAAAAGAUACCGUAUGUUGACUUUCCAGAGCUGCGGUUCAAUGAGCAUGAGAGCACAGAGAUGCCAUUUCGAUAUGUGAAAGAUGAAGCUGGAAACCCAAUAAUGCCCGAGGGGAUGUUUGAAUUGAUUAAGAAUGACACGGACAAGGGACUUGAUCCCCUCCUCUAG